UUGACCUUCCAUCCGCCCCCUUCUGCAGCCAUCGUUCUGCAUCUUUUCUCCCCUUUCCCCCAUCUCCUUUCCCUUCCUUUCAUCGAUUGUGGAUCGAGUUUCUAUAUACCAAUUCAUCCAUAUUUAUUCUGUUUGAUUUAUCAUGUUAGGUGCUUUUCGCCGGGCUGGUGUGUCCCACGCGCUGCGAGCUUCUCGAGCUCUCGCCGUGAAGACGACUUCGCAGCGCGCUGCUCAAUGGAUCAUUCCUUCUGCUACCCCCAUCACGCAAACUCUCAGAUCAUCAUUCCACACGUCUCCCGUUCGCUUCUCGAUUUCCGCCGCCCAGGAGGCCGAGAAUGCUGUCCCUACGACCGGGUCCCAGGAGCUGGUCAACUUCAGCCAGUUGCAGGGCAAAAUCGAUCCCCAGUUUGUCGACAACAUCACGAGAAGAAUGAAGAUCACAACCAUGACCGAUGUGCAAAGCAAGACCAUCGCUUACACGCUAGAUGGUUCUGACUGUCUUGGUCAAGCAAAGACUGGAACAGGUAAAACGCUCGCUUUCUUGGUUCCUGUUGUCCAAAAGGUGAUCGCCGGUCUGCCAACGUCGCGGUUCGCGAAGCAACAGAUGAGGGCGGGGGACAUUCGCGCCAUCAUCAUCUCACCCACCCGAGAGCUGGCUGAGCAAAUCGCCAACGAGGCUCAGCGCCUGGUGGCUGGAACCGGUGUGCAGGUGCAGACUGCCGUGGGUGGAACACAGAAGGCCAUGCACCUGAGAAAGUGCCAGAACGAGGGUUGCCACAUCCUGGUCGGUACUCCCGGCCGUCUGUAUGACGUUCUGUCCAGCCCGUACUCUGGCAUCCGUGCCCCGAAUCUCUCUUCUUUCGUUCUGGAUGAGUGCGAUCGUUUGUUGGACGACGGUUUCUCUCAGGACAUUCAGCAAAUUGCGGAGUUGCUGCCUGACCCCACCAAGGUCGAUCGCCAGACUCUGAUGUUCUCCGCCACCAUGAACCGUGAUGUACUCCGCUUGGUGAACACCAUGAUGAAGCCUGGAUUCAAGAAUGUUAAGACCAUCGACGAGAAUGAAGCCCCGACUCACAUGUCUGUUCCCCAGAGAACCGUUAUCAUGAACGGUUAUGAGAAUGGGUUCGCCAGCAUUCUCGAGAUGGUGAAGAACUAUCGGACGAACUACCUGGCGAGACGCACUGAGGAUCCGGAGCUCCGUCCUUUCAAGGCUAUCAUCUACCUGAACACCACCAAGUUGACCAACUUGGCUUUCCAGAUUUUCGACAGGCUGCUCAAUGUUCCCGGAGACUUCCGCAGUGGCCAUCCUUUCGGCAACAUGCCGUUGUACGAGAUCCAUUCCAAGUUGUCUCAGGCUGCCAGAACCCGGACUUCCCAGCAGUUUCGUGCUGCCAGGGAGGGUAUUCUUUUCUCUUCCGAUGUCACGGCCCGUGGUAUGGAUUACCCCGACGUGACUCAUGUCAUUCAACUCGGCUGCCCUCGAGACCGUGAGACCUAUAUCCAUCGCUUGGGACGGACAGCCCGUGCUCACAAGAAGGGUGAAGGAUGGCUCUACCUGCACAAGGACGAGAAGGUUUACGCACAGGCUAAGUUGGCUGGUCUCCCGCUCAAGAUCGACAGAUCUCUCGAAACGGCCACCAAGGAUAUGGUUAACGAGGAAACCAAUGAACACAUUGAGCAGAUCAAGAAUGCCGCUCAAGACAUCCACCCCGACGAGAGGACGGAGGCAGUUACCACCUUUGGAAACCACGCGGAAGGUGUUUUGGGUCGGUACGCUAUGGAGGGUAUGAAGAACUUUGCCAUUCACGGCCUGGGUCUCAAGGAAGCCCCUUACUUCCGUGGUGGUAUGCAGAGAUCACAUGGCCGCUCGGGCAACAGGAUGUUGGGCGGUGGCGGCGGCUCUCGCGGUGGUUAUGGUUCUCGAGACAAAUACGGCUCUCGCGGUGGUUUUGGCCAGCGCGGCUCUCGCGACAACUACGGCUCUCGCGACAACUACGGCUCUCGCGAUAACUACGGCUCUCGCGAUAACAACCGCUCCCGCGGUAACUACGGUUCUCGCGACAACAACGGCUCUCGCGACAACUAUGGCUCUCGCAGCCGUGGAGGUGUUAGUGAUGCUAUGUUCGGCAUUUAGACGCAUCAUAGCAUCUUCCUGCCUCACGGAUUCUCGGUCACGUCGUCUUUCUGCCAUUGGUUCAGGUGUACUUUUUUCUUUCAUGGGGAGCCUAAAAUGCUUUACUUGUUGACAUGUAACUCUACUCUAGAUACCAGAUGACAUAAUUCAUUCUUGUACAAUACAGCUGUUUACAACUCGAUUUCCAUUCUCUCGUACAC